CGGAGAUAUGCGCCAGCAAGAAGAGCAGGGUAAGAAUCAGUCGGAGCUUGCACAGCCAGUUGAGCUGGAGGUGCGCCAGGAGGAGCCCGUGGGGUCGAGAGGCCGGUGGAGUUGCGGGGAUACGGUGGCCGCCCAAUGCGGGGGAGGUGCGUCCGAGCCGAGUCCCGAGAGUAGUCCCCCGGCGAGGAAGUGAGGUAGGCACCCGAGCUGGAGGAGGAGGAGGAGCGCCCAACAACCGCGGGAGGAGGACGAUGGGGAGGACGAGGACUCGGCGAGCCAUAGCUCCGGUAUUAGAAGAUGCAGCCAACGACAGCAGUUGCAGCAACUUUUACACCAUUACCACCACAACCACAACCACCUCCGCCGACGGCGAACGAUGACGGACUCCGCCUCGGGCCGGGUGUGCUUAGACGAGUCGACGAUCGCCGCGCACAUCCACGAGAUAAACAGCCAGAUCGCCCAGUUCCGCGACCUGCUGAUCAGCAUUGGCCAGGCGCGCGACUGCCCGGAACUGCGCGAGAAGAUCCGGAAGCUGCGCCGCAACUGCGUCGAGGCCUGCAAGAACACCUCGCAGAUGGUCCUCCCGCAGAUGCGCAGUGCCAUGGAGUCGGGCAUACCUAUCGAUAGUCCAAACCUCGUGCUGCUCUUCUUCGUUGCCCAGCUGUUCCUGCGGGAGCUCUACAAGAGCAAAAACCUCGUGCGCGUCGUACCUAUGGACAUGACUGAAUACUUUGAGAGCAAAUCGGGCCCCUCGAACAUCAGCAACGUCAUCACCAAGAUCCUGCUCUGCAAGCAAAUAACAGUCGACUUUAACGAGGAAGAGCUGUGCAGCAUUCAAAAGGACUCCGAGGAAAUCGGCGCCCUCAUAGCCGAGCUCCAAGAGUUCAUGCCCCAGUCGGAAGCCGACACAGAGCGGCCAGUGGCGCUGCAAGAGGCAGCGAAUCGGCUUAACCGCAACAAUGGGACGCGAAAAAAUCUGCGCUGGGAGAACCGGCCGAGCCGACACCCCUCGUAUUUGCGAGGUACCCUCAAGUUUUUCUGCUGUGCCGGACAACCGAAUUACCUUUGAUCUACCUAUCGCCUUGUGGUAAGCGCAACUCCGAAACCUUUGAGAGCAAUCAAAACGAAAAAACCAAAAUACCGAAUACAAAAUCACAUAUAUAUAUAUAUAUAUAUAUAUAUACUUUGUGCACGUGAGUGCGCGACAACCCUAUAUUUUUCUCGACAAUUUAUCAGUCUUUCAAAUUCUAGAGCAGCAAAAAAAAAGCGCACAACACCGGGUCUUUCUUGACUAUGGUGAUCGCGAGUAUAAUCAAACUAAAUACAUAAAUAAACGAAUAAACAAUGCAGUUCACAAGACAAUCGGUUAAAUGUUUAGCAAAAGUAGUACGACGAAUACUUGACGAAAAAACGUUUAAACAUACGUUAUACUCUCAUUGAUAAACAAAACAGUCGAUGCUCGCGAAGCGACGGCCAAUCAAAAAUUCAGUCAAUUCUUAAUCAACGGAUGUACUUUAUCCUUGUAGAUUAACAAAAAUAGUUCAAGUUGAAGUACAUAAUAUUAUUAAACUAAGAUUAUUAUAUACAAGAAACUAUAGAUAGUAGCGAAAAAUAAC